AUGGAUCAGGUGAUUCUCGUGUGUGGGACAUGGAAAGCACAACAAAAUCAAUGGUUUUUCAUUGCAGACAAGUGCAGAAGAUCGGCAAUUGUUGGGGCUGACCUUGAAACCUCUUACAACGAUUUUCGGGGCAGAGUUAUGGAAGAGAUUGGGGUCGAUCGGCGGAUUGAUGAGGUGCAGUUGAGCUACAUGAUAACAAAAAGUGUCGUGAAUACACCUCCAUUGCGAGUUACGAAUUCUUUGCAAUUCUGGUCAUUUCUCAAAUUAUUCAGAAACCAUAAAGCUCGUCUCUGUGUGGAGAUCGUGAAGAAAACGCCAUGUCAUCAAGGUGUACGAGAUAGAAGACAAGAUCUGUUCGUUGAUAGCGAUUCUGACGAGGAAGAUGAUGAAGAGAUGAGAUUUGACUGUUGUGACGAUCCCGACGGUGCAAGCUCUGGCGAUGAAGAAUACGGUACCACCAAAGGAAGAUUCGCGAAAGAAGAGGAGGAAAUGUUUUAUCUGCCAGCAAAGGAAGAUUCGAUCCCUGCAUUCUUGCAGUUGGAACGAGGUUCUGUAGAAUUGGCCGUCGGCCAACGUUAUCCGACGAAAAAGGCGUUGGUUCUGAGAUUGAAGAUGCUUUCCGUUGCAUUGAAGUUCGACUAUAGUGUUGGUUACAGCACGCCUUCACUAUUAACGGUAUGCUGCUGGAUCGAAGGGUGUACAUGGAGGGCGAGGGCAACAACAAUUGGCUCUGCUCCUGAGUUCUACAUCAAGAGUUAUGUACAAGAGCAUUCAUGUUCUGUUACAGAGCGUUCUUCUCGUUCUCGGCAAGCAAAACCUGAACUUCUGGGAAGGCUGUACAGCGAAUUUGUAGGCUGCGUUGGACCCACGGUAUUGCCUUGCCAUGUCGCAGACGCUUUGAAUAAACGAUAUGGCAUCAAGGUACAUGUUCUUGUCGAUACCGAGAAGAGAUAA